AUGAAGACCCUGAUGCGCCAUGGUCUGGCUGUGUGUUUGGCGCUCACCACCAUGUGCACCAGCUUGUUGCUCGUGUACAGCAGCCUCGGCGGCCAGAAGGAGCGGCCCCCGCAGCAGCAGCAGGCAGCGGCGACCGGCAGCGCGCAGCCGUCGGCGGAGAGCAGCCCCCCCCCGAGGCCCCGGGCCCCCGCGGGACCGCAGCCGCUGGACGGAUACCUCGGCGUGAGGGACCACAAGCCCCUAAAAAUGCACUGCAGGGACUGUGCCCUGGUGACCAGCUCCGGGCACCUGCUGCGUAGCCGGCAAGGCCCCCAGAUCGACCAGACCGAGUGCGUCAUCCGCAUGAAUGACGCCCCGACGCGCGGCUACGGGCGCGACGUGGGCAAUCGCACCAGCCUGAGGGUCAUUGCGCAUUCCAGCAUCCAGAGGAUCCUCCGCAACCGCCACGACCUGCUCAACGUGAGCCAGGGCACCGUGUUCAUCUUCUGGGGCCCCAGCAGCUACAUGCGCAGGGACGGCAAGGGCCAGGUCUACAACAACCUGCAACUCCUGAGCCAGGUGCUGCCACGGCUGAAAGCCUUCAUGACCACGCGCCACAAGAUGCUGCAGUUUGAUGAGCUCUUCAAGCAGGAGACUGGCAAAGACAGGAAGAUCUCUAACACUUGGCUCAGCACUGGCUGGUUCACAAUGACAAUUGCACUGGAGCUCUGUGACAGGAUCAAUGUUUAUGGCAUGGUGCCCCCAGACUUCUGCAGGGAUCCCAAUCACCCUUCAGUACCUUAUCACUAUUAUGAACCGUUUGGACCUGAUGAAUGUACAAUGUACCUCUCGCAUGAGCGAGGACGGAAGGGCAGUCAUCAUCGCUUCAUCACGGAGAAACGUGUCUUUAAGAACUGGGCACGGACAUUCAACAUUCACUUUUUUCAACCAGACUGGAAACCAGAAUCACUCGCUCUAAAGUCUCCGGAGAAUAAACCUGUGUUCUGA